AAUAUGAGGCGGUUGCCCAUAGAGACGUCCGCCAUUGAAGGCUCGUUUUCAAUGUACUUGAUAUUGGUAAAACCGUGUGUUGUUUUUUUUAAAUAUUAUUUGUUAGCAAACUAAAAACAGCAACAUUUUUAUCCACCGCAUCAUCGGCGACAGUUUCAUUUGGCAUCCUUCCAGCAGAACACGGUCGGCAAAGAACGUCUGUCUCAGUUCGGCAGUAAAAACAAUCUUGUUGUGCCAGAGACGGAAAGUAGUCUUGGAGGAAGAUGUGUGAUGAGAGCUGAGCUACGGAAAAUAAGUGUCGCUCUCAACAGCUACCCCGUGUUCACCACGCUUUGGACUGCAUCACGAUGACAGACACCAAAUACCCUUUGGUGUCCAGGGUGGGAGGCGUGAACCCUCCUCCGCCGAAGUUCAACAACCCAAAGAAACCUGGUCGCCAAACCAACCAGCUGCAGUACCUGGAGAAGGUGGUGGUCAAGGCCCUGUGGAGACACAACUUCUCCUGGCCUUUCAGGACACCUGUUGAUGCUGUCGGACUGCACAUUCCAGAUUACUAUACAAUUAUCAAGACGCCAAUGGACUUGAGCACCAUCAAGAAGCGUCUUCAGAAUAAUUAUUACUGCAAGGCGUUGGAAUGCAUACAGGACUUCAACAAACUCUUCACCAACUGCUAUGUAUAUAAUCGGCCUGGAGAUGACAUAGUUCUGAUGGCCCAAGCCUUGGAGAAGAUCUUCCUACAGAGAAUGGCUGAGAUGCCCCAGGAAGAGACUGAGAUAUCUGCCAUCACAACCAAGACACCAGUGAAGGGUGGGAGGAAGUCCUCCUCUGCUAGUAGGCUACACAGCUGCUCCAGCUGCUUAAUCUUGCACAUAAAUUGUGUGGUGAAGCUGAGGCCCCAGUCCCCUGUGUCUGAGGUGGUGUUCCAGCAGACAGUGACAGUUAUCCCUCCUGAGGCCCUCCACACCGUCCCCCCUGCUGCCCAGCUCUCCUCACACAUAGCAGCCAAAAUCAAGAAGGGUGUGAAGAGAAAAGCAGACACCACCACGCCGACAGCCUCUGCUCCGAUCACCAGCUGCGAGUCGUCCCCCAUCGUUGACGGCUCGGCGGCCUGUAAGCUGUUCUCCAGGCGGGGCAGCAGUCGGCCCAUCAAACCCCCCAGGAAAGACCUGCCGGACUCUCCCCAGCACCACCAGAGCAAGAAGAGGAAGCUCUCUGAUCAGCUCCGCUUCUGUAACUGCAUCCUGAAGGAGAUGUUCACCAAGAGGCACGCGGCCUACGCCUGGCCCUUCUAUAAGCCGGUGGAUACGGAGGCCCUGGGUCUACGCGACUACCACGACAUCAUCAAGCAGCCCAUGGACCUGGGCACCAUACGGAAAAAAAUGGACGAACGUGAGUACAUGGAUGCCCAGGAGUUUGCUGCUGAUUUCAGACUCAUGUUUUCCAACUGUUACAAAUACAACCCACCCACCCAUGAAGUUGUUAUUAUGGCAAGAAAACUCCAGGAUGUGUUUGAGGCACGCUGGCUGAAGCUUCCAGACGAGCCAGUGAGGAGUGCGGGUGAUCCAGGACACCACGGUCACCACAGGGACAAGAAAGCGAGAGGAGAUGGGCCUGAGCGCUCUUCCAGCACAGGCAGCAGUGACAGCGAGAGCUCCUCUGAAUCGGAGUCCUCCUCUGGUACGGAGGAAGAGGAGGCCAGAGUUCUACGGCUGGCUAAACUAGAGGAACAGUUGAAAGCGGUGCACGAUCAGCUGCAGAAACUCACCCAGGAGCCCCUGCUCAAACCAAAGAAGAAAGAGAAAUCAAAGGAGAGAAGAAAAAAGAAGGAAACGAGUAGUAGACCGAAGCAAGAAGAAGACCUGAGGAAGACCAAACCUAAAGUACAGCAGAGGGGCAUCAAUAAGGGCGCGUCUGCAGUGCACGGCAAGAGGAGGAAGAUGGCACUCCCAAUGGUGCCCUACAAGUCUGAUGAGGAAGAGGUGCCAGCGGUGCCCAUGUCGUACGGUGAGAAGAGGCAGCUGAGCCUGGACAUCAACAAGCUUCCGGGGGACAAACUGGGCAAGGUGGUGAACAUCAUUCAGGCCAGGGAGGCCUCGCUCAGAAAUGCCAACCCUGAGGAGAUCGAGAUCGACUUUGAGACCCUCAAGCCCUCCACCCUCAGGGCCCUGGAGAGCUUCGCCAUGACCUGCCUCAGGAAACGGCCCAAGAAACACAACCUGAAUAAGCUGGUGAAAACCAAAGGACCAAUACAGACUGUGAAGAAGCAGGAUGCAGAGAAACAUCUCCAGAGUAUUACUGAAGAAAUGAGCUCACUGGCAAAGAAGAAAAAGACAACAAAUGAGCUCCCCAGGGCUCCUGCUGUCCCAGACCUAACCCAGCCAUCCCGUCUCCGUGAGGGCAUCGGCUCUGACAGCUCCAGCAGCAGUAGUAGUGAUUCUAGCAAUUCUGAUAGCAGUGACUCUGAUUCAGUGAAGAAAACCAAGAAGAAGAAAAGCCAAGGUGCUCCACACAAGGUCAAGACCAAGUCUAAAAAUAAGAAAUCUGAGAAGAAAGACUCAUUGUCGGAGUCUUCUCUCCAGACCAGCCUGCCCCUGCAUGCCUCUCCAUCCCCAGCAGCAGUCACUAAAGGCCAGUCUACACAGCAGUACCCAGCCCAGCCUCCUCUAGAUCUGCUCAUCUCACCCCCAGCCUUACACAGCCGCCUGCCUCCGCAGCCUUCAAGACCUAGUUCCAAAGCAGCACCACUACCUCGCAAAAACAUGGUGGCACCCCAGCAGCUCACUGACAGUCAGCCCCAACAACAAGACCCCCUAUCUGAGAGCCCUACUACCCCCUCCCUCACUCCCCCUUCUGCCUCCUCCUGUGACCCCUCCCUGACUCUAACUCUGCCCACAGACCCUCUCAGCACAACAUCCACCCCCACACAAGAACCUCCCUCCAGCCUACGCUGUUUGCCCCAGCCCUCUCCCCUAGCACUCCUCACCUCUCCUCAUUGUCAAUCACCAGGCCAGACACAGGAGGUGAAAACUGGGCCAGUUUAUCUCAAUCUACCUGAUAGGGCACAACAGGAAGGUCUGUCUGCGCUGCUGUCCCCUCUGACCUCUCCUCCUGUAGGUUUAUUACAGGCUGCUGGCAGCAGAUAUGAGCAGCUGUACCCAGUGCUGUUGUCCCCUCUACAAGACAGCCCAUUACAGCCUGUGAAGGAUGACAGGAGGCUCUCGGAAGCACUGGAGGAGACUCCCUACAGGAAGCUGCAGAAACAGACUAAUACCAGACACUCUGACAGUGUGUUUGAUGGUAGCAACACCAGCCUAUCUCAUCCAGCUAAUAAAACCACUGCUGACGGAAAAAACACACCUGCCAAAAAGGAUAUUGUCCUGAAGAACGCAGACUCCUGGGCUAGUCUGAGGAAGAUGUCUCUUUCCACUCCCUCUACGGUGAGGUCAUCGAAGGAGAGCUUUGAUAAGUUUCGCAGGGCAGCCAUAGAGAAGGAGGAGAGAGAGAAAGCUCUGAUUCUAAGGAGGAUGCAGAUGAAGGAGAUGGCUUCUGGGAAGAGCAGCCUGACUAUGCCAGUAUCAGUGCCACCUAGAGCAGCAGAACCGGAGCCCCUGCCCUGUAGAACUCCAACCCCAGAGCCAGCAGAGAUCCCCCUGCAGACAGAGGACAUUGUGGAGCCUCCGCCUCCUAAAGCUCCAGAGGCCCUGAGAGAGGAACCUCCAGUGGCUGCCCCAACCCCACCUCCGCCCCUCACUACUCAGACCUCUGUGGACAGGGAGAGGGAGAUGGCCCGCAGGAGAGAACAGGAGCGACGCAGACGGGAGGCUAUGUCUGGUAUCAUUGACAUGACCAUGCAGAGUGACAUCAUGGCAACGUUUGAGAAGAACCUGGACUAACAAAAUGGCAGCAGGCAGUGCAGCUUGUGACCGACUGAUGUCUUCUGUUGUUGGACAAUAAAUAAAUGAGCAUGGUGUUCCAGUAGACAGCACCCUAGGCUUCUUCUCUCCCUCCAGACACUGGCUGUCUGAACAGAGCGAGCUGCAUCUAAAUUAAGGAAACGGGUCAUUGUUGCUUCCCAAAUGACAAUCCUACCCCCUAUAUAGUGCACUACUUUGGGGUCUGGUCAAAAUGAUUCAUUAUAUAGGAAAUAGGGUUCCAUUUGGGACAGCCUAUUACUAUCCUUACCAGGGGAAGCUUGUACUGUACUAUAGCAGCAUCACAUAACCCCAGUACAUUUUAGUAUUGUUGUCAACUGUAAGAAGAUACUGUAAGAUGUAAAAUAUUGAUAUUGCAACAAAAAAACACUAUGGACCAUAUAUAGAUGGCAUUUGACUUUCCUUUUUCUACUCAUGGUGAUGGUGGUUUUGUAAAUAUCUGCUGCACUGAAGUAAUGCUUACCUCUUAGAGAAAAAUACUAAGUAAAAAGUUAGCAAAAUGAAGAGCUGUUGAAAAAAAUAAAUGUUGAAAAUAACUGUUUUUCCUCCAACACGUAGAGUCCUCUGUUCCUUUUCACCUAGGUUACUUCCCAAAUGGCACCCUAUUGCCUUUGUAGUGUAUUACUUUUGACCAGGGCCCAUAGGAUCUUGUAAAAAGUAGUGCACUAUAUAAAGAAUAGGGUGCCAUUUGGGACACUACUUGGUGAGUCGUCCUCCUAUGACUGCAGUACACAUCAACCGGUUCACACACUUCUUAACAUUCCAACUCUGACUUGGCUGAAAUGCAUAACCUGACCUUUGUGUUUGCUACACUCCCAAAUAGUAAUACUAUGUAUAUCCAUGUACUGCACUGUAUAGUUUCUCCAGUUAUAGUUCUUAUCUUCAUACUUCAUUCAUAGUUACAAUUCUGCACCUUGUUGUGGAAAAAUCUUCAAUAUGAUGCGCUGAGUUUUACAAUGUAUGUCCUAUUUGAUUGACUUAAGUAAAAAAUGCCUUUCUGUUCCAAACAUAUUUUUGUUUAUCUGUAUGAAAUCAUACUUAGUAUUUUGUUACAUGGAGGCUGAAGAUGUGUCGAUCUUUGCCAAAAUGUCUAUUUCAAAUGUGGGACUUAUUUAAAACUAUACACUUGUUUUGAGUUUCUGCUUGAAAAAGUUUAAGUGCCAUGUAUAGUGGUGUGCCUAAAGCAAACUUUAGGCAUUGUUGAUGCCUACAUUGUUGGCUUUUUCUAAUCAAGAUCCAAUCCUGACUAAAUGUUUUGGGAGACAUGUAAGACUUUGUUAAUGUAUUUUUGAUCCUAUGGUUCUAGCUAUUCUGCAGUUUUUUUUUCUCUUUGACAUGAUGAACAGUAGCACUUUAUUCUGUAUCUUGUGGUAUGCGUGAAUGUCAUACCAUUUAUAGAGAAAGAACUAAUAUACUUUUGAGAAGAUCACACUCUAAAAGCUAAAUCAUAAAAAGAUUUAUUAAAGCAGUGUUUUCUGUA